GGCGGGGCGCUAGCUAAUGAUCCACAUAUCAUUAUCUUAUUUCCUCCAUUUCCUAAAUAUAUCACCUCAAAAACUCUACGUUAUACAAAAAAUUCUCGACAUGACAAAUCCUCAAUGACUAAUCUACGUGUCUUGGCUGACGAUCUAGCGGAAUCCAAGACGAAUGUGAAGCUUAAAGUGAGAAUUUCGUAGGAAGGAGAUAAUAUCUGUCUGAAUCUUACUCCGAGCUCAGAGAAUAUUUUGCCUUUCUAGUUAUUUCUUCAUUCAUCUAUGUAAUGGUUAAAGCAAGCUACCGAACACUAUAUCUUGGACUUCAGUCAUCAGAGAGCUCUUCUGCAUAGAAAUGAUAAUUUGACUGGAGUUUGACUGCAGUUCGAGAGGAUUAUAUUUUGGCUAAUCAUGAGCUUUUAUGCUUCACAGUUCAACGACAAGUCAUCGAGGUACUGCAGUUCAAAUCUCUAUGGUUCUAACUUAAGUACGGUUUACGCUGAUGGACCUCCUCCGUUGGACGAUACUUUAGAAGAAGACGAUGGAGAAAUCGUCUUCCGAGAUAAAAGUCCGAGAAAAGAAUCUCCUGAGCCUAAACUUGUCAAGGACGAAAAAGGGACGGUGUCUGGCGAGUCAGAUUUCAAUCCAUGGUCUAAAAAUGAUGCUACAAAGGACGAAGCUGUUGAUGAUUUUGGAGAUUUCUCAGGUUUCGCGGAUUUUUCAUCGGCGUUUGGUGGAGGUGAUUCAAACUCACAAAACGAUUCUUCGUGGUUUAAAAAUGGCGAUAACGAUCAAUCAUCUGUGACCAAAUUCAAUCAUGAUUUUGAAAACCACGAAGCAGAGAUUUCAGCUUCAUCUCGUAAAAACGUUAAGAAAGCUGAAGAAAGAACGAGCAAAAAUGAUGAUUUUGGUUGCUUUUCUGGAGGAGAUGAUAGUGAUUUUGACGACUUUUGUAGUUUUACAAGCAACAGUCAACAUAUCAAUACAGGGAAAAGUGAAGAGAGCAGCUCAAAAGAUUCUCAAACGAGAAAGGAUUCUGAAAGCAAAAAGACUACAAACUCAGAUGAUUUAAUCAAAAAAGUUAAAACCAUACAUGGUAGCAGUGAUAAAUUCCAUUAUUCAUUAGAACAAAAUGCAAAGACAUCAAACUUUGAUUCAGUUGAUGACUUUGACGAAUUUGGCUCCUCUGAAGGAGGUUCAACUUUAAAUCAACGAUCUGUGCCUCCUAUAAAUGAUUCAAGCAAUUCUCAUGCACAAAAUAUAACCAGUGGUACUCAUUCAGCCAUGAAACCAACAUGUUUUAGUGACGAUGAUGAUGAUUUUGGAGAUUUUAGUUCAUCUAGUUUUGACGACGAUAGUGGAGGAACUGCCAAAACUCCAGAAUUGAUCAUUAAGUCUGAAACAAACUUUUCUUCGCAAUCCAAAGACAAAGAACUUCAAAAUACUCAUCUAAAUGGAUCAAGUAUAGAAAGUGAACAUAAUCCCACAGAUUCUAAAGACAACAAUGAACCAGUUUCAAUACCUCAACAUAAUGGAUCUGAAACAGAUCUAAAGAAAAAUGAGGAUAUUAGUAUGUCUGAUAGAGAUAAGGAUUUUAUAAAUACAGAUCAAUCAAAGGAAAACAUCACUCUGGAUGAUAAAGAUGAUGAUGAUGAGUUUGGGGACUUUUCAGCAUCUAUUUCUAGUGUGACUAAAACUGAAGAAACCAAAACAAAAGAAAUGCCGUCUAAUUCUAUUGUUCAAGAUGAUGAUGAUGAAGAUUUUGGGAAAUUUGGGUCACCACCAAGUUUGUCAAAUCUUCAAGGUGAUGAUGAUGAUUUUGGUGAAUUUGGGGCUGUUGCAGCACCCAGUAAAGACAACAACAAAAAUGAUGAUGAUGAUUUUGGUGAAUUUGGGGCUGUUGCAGCACCCAGUAAAGACAAUGACAAAAAUGAUGAUGAUGAUUUUGGUGAUUUUGGGGCAGCAUCACCACCAGGUCUACCCAGUCUCCAUGGUAACAGUGAUAAUGAGGAUGAAUUUGGAGAUUUUGGUUCAGGAAUAAAUAAGCCUAGUUCACAAAGCAAUGACUGUGAUGGUGAGGAAUUUGGAAAUUUUGGAGUAUUGCCAACAUCCACAUCAGCUGAAGAAAAACCAAAAACUGAUAAUGAUGAUGAUGAUGAUGAAUUUGGAGAUUUUGGUGCCACUUUUCCAUCCAAAGAGACUGGAGUCGCUAAAUUGACAGCAACAGAAGAAAAAACAAAAAGUAAUGAUGUUGAUGAAUUGGGUGAUUUUGAUGCUGCUCCUGUAACAAGCAAGUCUAAUCUCCAUAGCAGUGCAGAUGCUGCUGCUGCUGCUGCUGCUGCUGAUGAUGAUGACUUUGGCGCUUUUGGUUCGGCUCCUGCAACAAACAAGCCAGAUCUCCAUGGCAAUGAUGAUGCUGAUGACUUUGGUGAUUUUGGUUCCAUUCCCACGACAAACAACCCUGAUCUCCAUGGCAAUAAUGAUGAUGAUGACUUUGGUGAUUUUGGUGUAGCCUCUCCGACGAGUCAACAAAACAAAAAUGAUGAUUUUGGAAACUUUCCUGAAGUCAAGCAACCAAAUUCCAAGGACAGCAAAUCCAAAUCAACCUCUGAACCUUCAUCUCUUGAAAGUAGAGUGAAUCCUCCUAAUGAUGAAGAUGAUGAAUUUGGACAGUUUGAUGCAGCUCCUAGUAAAUCAUCUGACAGCGACUUUGCAGGUUUUAAGUCUUCUGAUAAAACUUCUAAAGGUUUUGCAGACAACUCAUCCAUGCCUCAGAAAUCUAUACUAAGUCCUUUCAGUGCAACAAAUAAUUCACAGUCAUUUUCAAAUAAAGAUGUCCUACAAGAACAACCCUCUAAGCUGUCUGGAAACACCAGCGUAAUAAAGCCACAAUGUAAUACAAACCUUGACAGACUGGAAAAUCCUAUUAAAAAGUGCUUCACUAUUAAAGAUGUCACUAUGCAAAGUAAUGUCAUAAUACAAAUGAUAGAACAUCAAGUACAGUCUGAGAGAUCCAAAGCCUGGCAGCAGUUAUUGACAUCUGAGAAGGAUGGUAGCUUAAGGUUUGACUGGGUAUUGUCUGAACAUCAGGUGAAAAUGUUGGAGGGUCUGUCAAUGCUCCCUGUAAAAAUCCAGACAAGUGUCAGUUUUAACCCUAAAGGACAAGUGCCAACACCUUUAUUUGCAUCAAGCAUGGGGCUCCUUGAACCAGUCAAGGGGGUCAUCACUCCAUUUCAUCAUGUAGAGGAAAUCAAUCCUUCCCAGGAUCCUUUUGGUGCUCCACCAGAAGUUGGUGUGCAAGACCUUGGUUUUGGUAAAGGAAGUAAGAAAGAACAUUCCACAUUGCAUACAGAAUCUAAAGACAAUGCCUCAGAUACAAUAUCUGUUUCAUCAUCCCUUGACCUGGACUUUCUUGCUCCUUCAAGUACUAAUGGUGAUUCCACAAAGACAGAAAGCAGAGGACUAUUUGAAGAUGACCUUUUAGGUCUAGGAAUGUUCAAUGAGCCAUCACCAAGUCCAAAAAUCACCAAUGGAAAGAAUGUCUUCAAAUUUAACAACAUCACAAUACCACUGGCUACAAAUGAAGGAAAUCUGAGUGAGCAGGCAAAAACUGUAGUUAAGGAUUUUGAAGAUCUUACUUUUAUGUUGUCAAAAGUUUUAAUGUUUCCUUUAAAAUCAAAAGAAUGAAAUCAAUAUAGUUUUAAAAUCAACAAAAUUAUAUUCAUAUAUGUACAGAGUGUACAUAUAUAUAUAUACUUUAUACCGUUAUGUGGCAAGUCACAAUAGGCCAUUAUUUUGUAAGAUAACAUUGCAUUGUUGUGCAACUGUGGCUACUUCUCAAAUGCCUUGGAAAAAGUCAUGAACUCGAAUCCACUUAGAAACCCUUGAAAAACAUAUUUCUUGGAAAAAUCCUUGAUUACUCCUUGAAAUUUAAGUUGUUGCAGAGAAAAAUUAAAAACUUGUUUGGUCAUGAGAUGCCCAAGAAGUAACAAUAAUGUGGCAAAAUAUCACUGAUUGAAAUAUUUGUAAUACUUCUUCAAAAUUAGAUUUUUUUGCAUUUAAAAGCUCCUUACAUUUCCUCUGAAAUUUUGUUUCACAAACCCUGCUGUAUGUUUGUGAAUUUUCUUUGUUAUUUCGGUUAUAGAGUUUGUGCAACCAUGUGACAAAAUCCCUUAAGAUAUAAAUAACAAUGGAACAGCCACCAUCUUGGUUGAUCUAACAAGAGAAGCUAAUGAGGAAUGCUUCGUUAUCGUCAACCAAGAUGGCGGCUAUGAUGUAACAUGCACCUACUCUAUUCUUUCAUGGGAAUGAUAAAAGUAAUAUUGGUGCUGAUUAAUGAAUUAAUAAUAGAUUAAUAUAAUGCUCAAGGAUUCUGGAAGUGGUAGUAUAUAUAAGGCUAUAAUGCAAAGUGCCUAUCCAAACUUAGGUCAGGUGCUUUAUUUUUGGUCUUUCUUGGUGUUUUAUGAAUGCAUUGCAUUACUAAUACUGUUUGGGUUUUGUAGUAGACCCCUAACAGUUGAACUCAGCUGAAGUUUUCUCUAGCAUUGAAAAUGGCAUUUAUUUUUAUCUGUAUUUAGAUAAGUUUAUAAUUUUCCUAUAUGACUCUGGCUUUAGCAAACCUUGAAAUCUUUGGUUCUAAGCCACCCAAGGCAACUUUUUUUACAAACCUAAAACUCUGAAUACAAGAGUAUGAUCAUAAAAUUAUUUUAAGCUUUACUAUCCUAUGAAUUAUGAGAAAAAAUCCUUGUAGUACCCUAAAAACUAUAUUUUUUAGUUCGUGGGCCAAAAUUUGAAUUGAGCUAGAAAACUGCUGCAUGGUUCAUUGUUAUCAGAACCAUGAAAUUGGCCACUAAUCUCGUCCUCCAAGAAGGAUAAUUCUUCCCAAGAGCAAAAGAUUGUUGGCAUGUACUACAGUACAUGUACAGUUUAGCAGAAAACAAAAGAACGACUGAAAUACGCAGAAAAAUAUUUUUAGCAACAGUCACAUAAUUGAGCAUAAGAGAGUGGUAUGAAUAAAGCUGCUUCAUUAAUAUAUCAUCAACAAUAAUAAAUAGUAUAAUUAAA